GGACACCGAGAGAAAAGCACAGAGAGAGUGGAGAGGACCGAGAACAAAUAAGCGCCACUGAGAGAGAACAACAACAAGUGAAAGUGACCAUGUCCACCACUAUGGCCGUCCCGGCGACCCCUCCUGUCCUCUCACCCGGCUCAGGAGCACCUUCCUCCUUGGGAAUAUUCCGCUCCGACCCGAUCUACACCGCCACAACCACCAGCCCUCAUCCAGACUCCCCCACCCCGCGGCUCACCACCACCGGACUCCUCAACCCCUUCCUAACCGGGUCAGGAGUCCCAUCCGGUGGCUUGGGAUUCGCCAACACACCGGUUUUUCGAGAUCGAGGAAUUUCCACCACUACAACUACAACCACAACCAGUGAGUGCAGAAUGGUGGAUGUACACGGAGUGAAAGUCGCCUCUUUCAGCGUCGGAGGACAGGACGACUUGAUUUGUCUACCCCAAGUUUUUGACCUCUUUCUAAAACAUCUCGUCGGCGGGCUUCAUACCGUUUACACCAAGCUGAAACGCCUGGAUAUUUGUCCGGUUGUGUGUACUGUGUCGCAGGUCCGGGUCCUGAGGGGUCUCGGUGCGAUCCAACCGGGAGUCAACCGCUGCAAGCUCAUCUCCAGGCGAGACUUCGAGGCGCUCUACACUGAUUGCACCAUGGCGAGCUCUCGUCCGGGCCGGCCUCCAAAGCACUCUGUUGGGGGUGGGAUUCAGGAAAGCUCCAGGCAUCUCCAUCCUGGGGUUCAUGGCCUGCUGUCACCUGGCAUGCUCUCUCACAAAGGAGGGAGUGAGUGUUCCUGGGAUAAGGAGAGGCUGGUGUCGCCCCUGUCUGGAGGUGGUGGGGUGGGCAGAAUAGGGAUGGGGGGACAACAGAGUCUUAACAACCAGGUGAACUCACUACAGAAACAACUACUGGCCAACCGUCUCCAGGACCUCCCCUUCGUGAUGAUGACCCACCCCUUACUUCCUGUCCGGGUGCCCCCGGCGUCGGUUGCCAUGGCGAUGUCGCAGAUGAACCACCUCAACACCAUCGCUAACAUGGCGGCCGCCGCGCAGAUGCUCACAUACACACACCAGGCCCCCAUCGUCAAGGAGCGUGUGUGUGACAGUCCUUCCCCAUCUCCUUCUGUCGACGACAUACACACACCUCUGUUGUCCCAGCAGUCCUCACAGCCCAGCUCUACAACAUCCAGCUCACCAGACCGUCUAACUGUCGAUAGAGAUGUUACUGAAAGACAAAUAUUAAUGAAUAAAAUAGACAGAGUGAAAGAAGACUCUUCAUUGGCUCUCCCCAUGUCGAAGCCUUCAUUUGAUAGGCUGUCACCAGGCCAGGCCCUGCCCCCUGGCUUCCCUGCUCCCUUCCUGUUUGCUGAUGGAGUUUCCUCUGUUGAGACUCUACUGACCAACAUACAGGGCCUUCUGAAGGUGGCUGUAGAGAAUGCCCGUGUCCAGGACACUCAGAUCCAGGCAGAGAAGAGAGGACUGAAGAUGGAGCUGUACAGAGAGAGAGAGAUGAGAGAGAGUCUGGAGAGACAACUCACCUCUGAGUUACAGAGUAAAGCCUCCAUUCAGAAGCGCUUAAAGAAAGAGAAGAAAGCCAAGAGGAAGCUUCAGGAAGCGUUGGAGUUUGAGUCCAAACGGAGGGAGACGUUGGAGCAUUCUCUCAAACACUCCUCCUUGUUUUCCUCCCCCUCUCUUCCCGACACGCUACACACCGGCAGCAACGAUUUAGUUGUAUCCGAAGAUUAACAAGAACUGAGUGGAAACCAGGGCAAGACACUCCGAUUGGUCAAGAUCCAACCGUCAGUUCUGAUGACCUCACCCCGACCCCGUCACGGGAAAACACCAGCCCGUUGCCACGACGACCUAGACAGUGGACUUCCUGGACAGCCCCCUUUCUCAUCCCCGAUGACUGACUAUCGUACAACCUCAGAAAUAAACGGAUGAACCAAUUAGAGGAGAGUAAAAAAAAUAUCUAUAUAUAUUUUGGAUCAGUGAGACAUCAGUGUUCUGUUCGUUCGUUCCUUCUGAAACUUGGACUGAUGAGAAGAGAGGAAUGUUGUUGUUUCAUCGCUUCAACUUUACAUAUGUCUAUUUCUAUCUCUCUCUCUUUCGCUCUUCCCCUCCAGAAGUGUUUUGUGGGGAAAUAUUGAUGUAGGUCCUUACAUUAGUCCACCAUUCUGUUCCUGACCCCCCCCGAACUCUAACCCCUUGACCUUGACCUAAUAGAGUGAGGACUGUUGUGUUGUUGUUUUUGUUUGUUUAGUUUGUUUACCUAUAAUUGUAUCACGGUCGAGAGACUGAAUUGAGGACGAUGAAGGAAAAGCCGUGUGGAUAACUAGCAGUCCGUCUCAAACGGAAGCCUUUUCGUCUCUACUUUGGUCUCGCCAACAUGUUGAAUAAACUCGCCGGUCAGGGAGAAAAGGGUCCUUCUACUUGUAAAUAGUGUUUGUGACUAGUAGGGAGUAGAAUGCCAUUUGAGACUCUUGAGUGGUUUUACUCUUUGACUGUAUGGAGACCUGACGACAAAUACAUUAUUAUAAUACCA